AUGCCUAUUCCGUUUGAAUCAUCACCAAGCUUCACCCCAUUCUUCUACCUGCUUGGGGACAACCUCUCAACGGCACAGUCCGUUGACCUUGAUGCCAGGUGGAAACUAGAGGAUGUUAAGCGUGCCGUGGGAGCAGUGUUCCAUGUGGUGCAAGCACUAGGUCUUACCUUCCACAAUAGCAAUGCUGACCAGGAGAUUACCACGGUGGAAGAGUUGAUCAAGACAACGUCCUCACUCGAUUCACCUAUCGGCCUCCGCGUCGACGGCAACGCAGUCCAAACCCCCCAGGGUCCCGAAGGCCUACCACUAGUGGGCAGCUAUUACGAAAUCUUCCCCGACCACCUUGGAAACCACUACCGCUUAUUCCGCAAGUACGGCCAUGUCAUCAAGACGACCAACAUGGGCAAGACAAUCUAUCUCACCGACAGCCCUGAGGUAGCAGCGGUAGCAUUUUCGGAAUCCGUAUACAUGACGAAGAAGAUCAAUGAGAACCAUCCGCUCUGGGGUGUAAAAGACAACACAGCCAUCUUCAUCGGAGACACAGAAACAGAAAACUGGCGACUUGCACACAAAUUCCUGCCACCGGCGAUGGGUCCCAAGGCUCUGCGUCAUUACACUCCGUUGAUGCAGGAUUGCGUUCGCAAGUCGUUCGCUGUCUUCGAUGAGAUUGAUUCUCGCGACGAGUCCUGGAAUGCCUAUCAGUAUAUGGUGAAGCUAGCAUCGCAGACCAUUGGCAAGUUCUCUCUAGGUACUGACUUUGAACAUUUCAAAGAUAUCGACACACCGUUGCAUCCGAUCGUCACAAAUAUCGCAAAUCUUCUCUCACUCAAUAAGAAGAUCACUGCUAGAGGUGAAUGGUAUCGCCAUCUUCCUUUUGGUGAUCCAGCACGCCUGAAGACAGUCCAGCGCACUAUCUAUACUCUGAUGCAAGAGCAAAUUGACCGAGUUAAGGGCUCUGGUAUCGAUGGAAUGCCUAUGGCUGACGCAGCAGUCAAAGCUUCCUGUGUCAUCGACUACCUUCUGAACAGCGUCGAUGAAAGUGGAGAUAAAUUCCCUGAGGGGCUCGUCCUGGCCAACAUGCUCAUCGUCACUGGAGCCGGAUUUACAACUACUUCCGCUCUAAUGUCCUGGCUCCUUUACUGUCUCGUCAACUACGAGGGCACCCAAGAUCGCCUAUACGAGGAGCUGUGUGAGAAGGGUAUUGCCAAUUCAGACAAAUCUGUUGACUGGACUCCCGAGCUCGCGCACAGUCUUCCGUACCUCGAUUGUUUUGUGAAGGAGACACAGCGUCUACACAACGCCUCUUUCCAGCCCGGUCGCACGACCAAGACCGACGUCGUCCUACCGGGUGGUUACCGCCUACCUCCUGAUAGCGUUAUCAUUCCGGCUUUAUAUGCCAUCCAUACGAACCCGGAGGUCUGGCGUGAUCCAUUCCGCUUUGAUGCCGACCGCUGGGCUGGAGAGGAGACCAAGAACAUGCAUCGUUGCGCUUAUAUUCCUUUUGCACCUGGGCCGCGUGGCUGUAUCGGAUUCAAUUUUGCGUUGCUGGAGGUUAAGAUUCUUUUGUCGGAGCUUGUCUCUAGGUAUGAGUUCUUCAGGGAAGGAUUGGAGGCUGUUGAUUAUGAUCCGGAGUUUCAGUUGAUUCGGCCUUUGAAUUUCUAUGUUCGGGCCAAGAGAAGAACUCCAGCUGCUGUAUAG